AAAUCAAGACUCAAGCAAGUAAGAGAGAAGAAGAUGGAUUCAAAAAAGGGUUUUUCUCCUUAUCCAGACUUCCUCAAAAUCUACAACUCUCAAGAACAUUCUCAAUGUUUGGUAAUCCCAAGAGAAUAUAACAAGUACUAUCCAAAGCCUCUCCCUGAGACAGCUAUUCUCCAAAUGCCAGAAGGAGACACUUGGACUGUCAAAUGGACAAUAAGCCAAGAAGAGACUAUAAGCUUCCAAGAUGGUUGGGAUAAGUUUGUCAAAGACAAUGGUCUCCUUGACAGAGACUUUCUCUUAUUUACUUAUGAUGGUUCUCAAAGCUUUUGGGUACGUAUCCACCGGGAUGGCUUCGAUGUGAAGAAAAAACCUCCUCUCGAAAUACAAGUAAUAUCAGAUGAUGAAGAUGAUCAUCAUGUGGAGGAAGAAGAUAACAAUGAGCAAAUGAUCAUAUUGCAUGAUGGUGAUAAUGAUGAUACAAUGAUUUGUGAAGUUAACAACGCUCAUGGAAGUUCCAAGAAAGGAAGAUGUGUGAGAAGAGGACCUUCUAUUGAUACGGAAAAGUAUCUCGAUGAUCCCGAAAAUCCGUUCUUUAUUUCAACUUCAUCGUGUACGAGGCUUGUGUUGACAAUUGCUAACCAAACAAUAAGAGACUAUCUCUUAAAGUUUGGAAGCACAAUCAAUCUCAUCGAUGGAUUCGGGGAACUAAGUCGAAAAGUUGGCAUAUGGCACGAUCGCAUUGUGGUUUACAAGUGGGACGAAAUGUAUAAAAGGAACAAUGCAAAGCCUGGAGAUGUAAUCAUAUGCGAGAUUAUACGUGAAGAAGAAGAAGAUAACGUUGUUAGCUCCAUCAAAGUCCAUUUCGUAAAGAACUGAAGUUUAUCUAUCGUUUUUUGGUUUUUAGUUGAUGGAUUGAUGAAACCUUUUUGUCAUUAGGAUCUUAUUGAAACUUAAUAUAUUUUUUUCUCGGAUUUAAGCUAGCAUUUGAAGUUGUGGACUUUGUGAUUUUUAAUUAAAGGUAUGUUGCAUG